AUGAAGUUUGGCUCGCCAGUGCACAGACGCUGCGGGAGAAUGGUGCACCUUGGUGGUGGGGGCUGCGCGACGCCGUGUGACUCUUCAACUUUAGUUGUGUGCGUGCUCGUGUGUGCGUGAGUCCCCGUGUGUGUGAAUGUGCGUGUGCGCGAACGCGGUGCAAAGUUAAACCGCGUCUACUCUCUCCAGCUCCAAAUGGGUGCAGUGCCUCCUCCGCGCGCGCACGCGUCCGGCGCGGCUUUUCUCACGCUGGCGCUUGUCCUCACCGCCACGAGCGACGCGCAGUUUGGGAACGACCGAGGGCUGUCCUACGCGCUGAGGUCCGAGCUGUCCGAGGACACGGUGCUGGUGGCCAACAACGGCAUCCGCGUGCCUUUCGGGAGGUCAGCCUUUGUGGACCCCAUCAACGACCUGGUGGUUCAAGUUCAGCCCGGUGACAGGUGCAGCAUCACCGUGCUGGACAAUGACCCUCUGUCCCAGAGGCCCGGGACCUUAACCCCCAAAAAGUUCCUGUGUGAAUUUGGCCCCAACGAUGUCAAGUAUUCCCACUUUGGCUCGCGGAGUCCAGCCAGGGACCGGGUGAGACUGCAGCUCAGGUACGACACGCAGACCGACACCGUUGUGAUCCCUUUCAUGAUGGAGGUGGAGGUGGUCUUCACACAGCUGGAGGUGCUCACCAAAAACAUGCCGCUCACAGUGGAGAAGGUGCUGGGCACCAGCAACCCCAUCGACAGGCGCGUUUUGGAAUUUACAUUUGACAUGCUGGCACAGCGGUGCAGGAUCACCCCCUUGACCAGAGAAGGCGCGUUGCCCCGGUAUGGGGUCUUGGUCGACGAGAGCAACCUGGCCACGGGAAUGACCGACUGCGAGGAAUUCAUCGAGAUGAACCUCCGCUACCGGCACACGUUUCCUUUGAAGUCGCCGAGCAGAGAUUACAUCCCCAUGGUGGUGGAGCUUCAUGACAAGGAGGGCAACCUUCUCAAGCAGGAGUUCUUCCAAAUCUUGGUGAGGAUUAAAGAUGGCGAGGAGAACACGCCACCCAAGCCCAGCUUCCUGGCCAUGAUGAUGAUGGAAGUGGACCAGUUCGUGAUGACGGCACUCACCGGCGACAUGCUGGCCGCCGAGGACGCCGAGUCGGACCCCGAUGAGUUAAUUUUCAACAUCACGUCGCCACUGUCCUACGAGGAGGGCUACAUCGUGAGCACGGACGACAGGAAUUUACCCAUAACGUCCUUUUAUCAGGGUGACCUCAAAGACUUCAAAAUCGCCUACAAGCCCCCCGCGGUGGAUUCAGACAGCGAGCGGAUUUUCCAGCUGGAAUUUGAGGUGGUGGACACGGAGGGGGCCGUGUCGGAUCCUUUCGCUUUCAUGAUCGUCGUGAAGCCCAUGAACACCUUGGCCCCGGUGGUGACCAAGAACACCGGUCAGUUGCUGUACGAGGGACAAUCCAGGCCGCUGUCCAGCUCACAAAAUCUGGAAAUCAGUGAUGAGGACAACCUGGACAAGGUCAAAAUCUCCGUGAUCGACGGCCUGAAACACGGGCACUUAACCGUCUCGGGGUCCGGUGGGAAAUUUUUCACGCCGGCCGACCUCAACGCCGGCCGAGUCAUUUAUCAGCACGACGGCAGCGACACUUACAGCGAUAACAUCGUUUUUCGAAUGACGGACGGCUCGCACGAGGUCGAGUUUCUGUUUCCCAUCACCGUCGUGCCCACCGACGACGAGCCGCCGAUCAUCAACGCCAACACCGGUUUGGUCCUCUUCAAAAACCAAAUGGUGCCCGUUUCAUCCCUCAUGCUCAGCGCGGCCGACAUCGACUCGGAGGACUCCACCAUCAAAUUCGUAAUCCAGCCGCCCUUUUCCCCCAUCGGGCAGGUGCUGCUGCGCCAGGCCGAGGCCCCGGAGGACCCGUCGACAUGGAAGUUCAACGAGGAGGAGGAAAUGUACGAGAAGGCGGUGACCGAAUGGCUGCAGCAGGACGUGACCGACGGCAAAGUCUUUUACAAGCACGUCGGGCCCCACAGCACCCGCACGCUCAUGGAUCAGUUCAAGUUCCGUGUUCAAGAUGACAACGAGCCCCCCAACCGGUCGGAGGAGAGCUCGUUCGUGAUCAAAAUCCUCCCCGUGGACGACCUCCCGCCUGAGAUGCACCCGGAAGCCACGCUGCAAAUGACCGUGCACGAGUAUCAGCUCACGCACUUGCGGAAGAAGUUUCUACGCUACACCGAUCUCGACUCGGAGGAUCGCGACCUCAAGUACGUCAUCGUCCGACCGCCGACGGACACGGACGAGAACAGCCCCGUGGUACUGGGAGCUCUGGUCCUGACCGAAAACCCCGAGGUUGAAGUCACGACUUUCACGCAGGCUCAAAUCAACCAUCACAAAAUAGCUUACAAACCGCCCGAUCUGGAGCUGGGAAUCACCACGCACGUUUUGCAGUUCCGAUACACGGUGGAGGAUGUUUCCGGGAACGGCGCCAACGGCGUUUUCACGAUCUUCCUAAAGCCUGUGGACAACAAGCCGCCGCUGAUCACCAACUCUGGAUUUACAGUGUUGGAGCGGGGCGCGCAUACCAUAACGAGCGCCGAGCUGUAUACCUCGGAUUCAGACACGGACAGCAAACGGAUCUCUUUUACUGUUUCUCAGCCUCCUCGGCACGGGCACGUCCGGUUCAUGUUCGCAGACAUGAUGAGAGGAGACGCAUUUAACCUGGAGGACAUUGACAACGGUCGAGUUUCUUACAUUCACAACGGGGACGAAUCGACGUCAGACUCGGUCCAAAUAGACGUCAGCGACGGGGUCCACGUGGUACCGAUCAACGUAAAGAUUAACGUCAAGCCGAUUGAUGAUGAGACCCCGUCUAUCAGCCUCCCCGCAGGCACCAUCGGCUCCUCGAUCGAUGUCCUGGAGAACGGGGCGACCGAAAUUACCAGUCACGUCAUUCAGGGGAGAGACGAGGACACGGACGACCUGCGUCUGACCUUUAUCGUGGAGGAUCCGCCAUCGCUCGGCCAAAUUCUGGUCCGAGGGGUCCCUUCGGCCAUGUUCACCCAGGCCGAUAUCAUCAACGGCCACGUGAUCUACGCCCACACCAGCGGCGAAUUGGGUUUCACCACGAGAGAAGACAUUUUCACUUUAACUCUGACGGACAUGUCUGACGAAUGGACGGUAGGAGGCAAUAAGAUUACUGGAGUCAGAGUGCGGGUGACGAUUCUGCCCCUGGACAGCCAGGCCCCGGAGGUCUUUGUGGGCAAGCUCUUUUCCGUCCUGGAGGGUGAGAAGAAUGCCAUUCAGACUCAUCAUAUCAGCGCGGAUGAUAUGGACACGCUCGUCGAGGACCUCCUGUGCACCAUCAUCGUGCAGCCGACUUCGGGCUACGUUGAAAAUAUCUCCCCGGCCCCCGGGUCCGAGAAAUCCAGGUCCGGCGUGGCUGUCAGCGCUUUCACCAUCAAGGACAUUCAGCGCCAUCACAUUUACUAUGUUCAAAGCAUCCACAGAGGAGCGGAGCCAGUAGAGGACAGGUUCACAUUCAGAUGCUCCGACGGAAUCAAUUUCUCAGAGAAGCACUUUUUUCCCAUUUCCAUCAUCCCCGCGAAUGACGAGAAGCCCGAGAUUUACAUGAGGGAGUUUGUCGUCAUGGAGGGCAUGAACAUCGUGAUCGAUACCCCCAUCCUGAACGCCGCCGACGCCGACGUCCCUUCUGACCAACUCACGUUCGUCAUCACCAGACCCCCCGCGCACGGAUUUGUUCUCAAUCAACUGACCACCGGCACCGUGCCCGUGUCCAACUUCACCUUGGAGCAGAUCAGGGAGGCCUCCAGCAUCGUUUAUGAGCACGAUGAUACGGAGACCACGCAGGACAGCUUCGACGUGCUCCUCACCGACGGCAAGUUCAGCGUGCAGAAAACCGUGAUCGUCAUGAUCAUCCCCGUGGACGACGAGACGCCCAGGAUGGAGAUCAACGACGGUCUCGAUGUUGAAGUGGGCGACGUAAAAGUCAUCAACGGCAACAUUUUAAGGGCCACCGAUCUGGACUCGGAGGACAGCGCGCUGACGUACGUCGUUCGCUACGCGCCCGGGCAGGGUUAUUUGCAGAAAACGACGGCGAGCGGCGUGCUGCAAAACAUAACCGCCGGGAUGAAUUUCACCCAGGCUGAUUUGGACCAGGGUUUCAUCAUUUACGUGCACAACGGCCAGGAGGGUGUCCGAGACCUCAUCAAAUUUGACGUGACAGAUGGCUUCAACCCUUUAAUUGACCGAUACUUUUAUGUGACGGUGGGCGGCAUCGACAUGGUCUUCCCUUACGUGGUCAGUAAAGGCGUGUCCCUGAAAGAAGGCGGCCGGGUCACUCUGACAACAGACCUGCUCAGCACCAGCGACCACAACAGCCCGGAUGAGCACUUAAUUUUUACAAUCACCCGCGCUCCGGUGCGAGGCCACCUGGAGUGCACGGACACGCCCGGAAUGCCCAUCUCGUCCUUCACGCAGCUUCAGCUGGCAGGCAACAAAAUCUACUACAUCCACACCGCCGACGACGAGGUGAAAAUGGACAGCUUCGAGUUCGAAGUGACCGACGGCUACAACCCGGUCUUCCGCACCUUCCGCAUAUCCAUCGCGGACGUGGACAACAAAAAGCCGGUGGUGACGGUGCACGGCAUGGUGGUGACGGAGGGCGAGAACAAGCUCGUCACACCCUUCGAGUUGACGGUGGAGGACAGAGACACCGCGGACCGACUCCUGAAGUUCACGGUCACCCAGAUCCCCGUUCACGGGCGCCUGCUCUUCAACACCACCCGGCCCGUCACCUCCUUCACCAAGCAGGACCUGAACGAGAACAUGAUCAGCUACAAGCACGACGGAACCGAGAGCGCCGAGGACAGCUUUUCCUUCACGGUCACGGAUGGCACCCACGUUGACUUCUACGUCUUCCCGGACACUGUCUUCGAGACCCGAAAGCCCCAGGUCAUGAAGAUUAGCAUCCUCCCGUUGGACAACGGCGUGCCGCAGAUCGUGGUCAACAAGGGCGCGCCGACGUUGCGGGUUCUAGACGGCGGGCGCCUGGGCUUUGUGAUCACCAACAAGUUCCUGAAAGCGGAAGACCGAGACAGCGCGCAGGGUUCCGUGCUCUUUCGUAUCACCGCUCCGCCGCAGCAUGGCUACCUGAUCGACGCGAGCAAAGGGAAUGCCACGGUCACCGCUUUCAGACAAGCGGACAUCAACGACAUGACCAUCUGCUACGUCUUGAGGGAGGGCGCCGGCGCCACCAACGACGUCUUCCAGUUCUCCAUCGAAGACAGCGGCGGCAACAAACUGAGGAACCAGCAGUUCCGUCUCAACUGGGCCUGGAUCUCACUGGAGAGGAGUCACUACGUGGUGGACGAGGAGCUCAAGUUCCUGGAGGUGGUGUUGAAACGUCGAGGCUACCUGGGGGAGACCUCCUUCGUUAGCAUCGGCACCAAAGACGGAACGGCCCUCAAGGAUAAAGAUUUUCGCGGCAAAGCUCAGAAGCAGGUGCAGUUCAACCCGGGUCAGACCGCCGCCACCUGGAAGGUCCGCAUCCUGCCAGAUAGCGAGUACGAGGUGUCCGAGGCCUUCCAGAUUGUCCUCUCCGAGCCCGUGAUGGCCGUCCUUGAAUUCCCAGAGGCUGCCAGCGUGGAGAUUGUGGACCCUUCUGACGGUCAGUCACUGGAUUUUACCCUCGAUAUGCCGUCAUGCGCGUACAGCAUCGAGGAGGACGUCGGCGAGCUGAUGGUGCCAGUGAGGCGCAGCGGCGAUGUGAGCCAGGAGCUCAUGGUGGUCUGCUUCACCCAGCAAGGGUCAGCCACUGGCACGGUGCCCACCACCGUGCUGUCGUACUCGGAUUACAUCUCGCGGCCGGAGGACCACCACAGCGUGCUGCGCUUCGACAAGGGUGAGGUGGAGAAGCCGUGCCGCGUGGUGAUCAUCGACGACUCGCUCUACGAGGCCGAGGAGAGCUUCAACGUCACGCUCAGCAUGCCCAUGGGCGGCCGCCUGGGCGCCCGCUUCCCCGGCGCCACCGUCACCAUCGUGCCCGACAUGGACGACGCCCCCAUCUUCUACUUUGGCGACAGCGACUACCACGUGGAUGAGAGCGACGGCUUUGUGGAGGUGCGGGUGUGGAGGACAGGAAGCGACCUGUCCAAAGCCGGGACCGUCACUGUGCGCUCCCGAAAGACGGAUCCGGUCUCGGCGGAGGCUGGAGCGGAUUACGUAGGGAUCAGCCGGAAUCUGGACUUUGCGCCGGGCGUCGCCAUGCAGACGUUGCGCGUGACCAUCCUGGACGACCUGGGCCAGCCGUCGCUGGAGGGCCCCGAGCGGUUUGAGCUGGUGCUGCAGAUGCCCGUGAACGGCCUACUCGGGGAGCCCGCCAAGGCCGCCGUCCUCAUCAACGACUCCGUGUCAGACCUGCCGAAGGUGCAGUUCCGCGACGCCGUCUACGCGGGCGACGAGAAGUCGGGGCGGAUUUCGGCAACGGUGUACCGGAGCGGCGACAUCGGCCACAAGUCCACCGUGCGAUGCUACAGCAGGCAAGGGACGGCCCAGGUCAUGAUGGACUUCGUCGAGAGGCCCAACACAGACGCUUCCGUCGUCACCUUCCUACCAGGGGAGGUGGAGCAGCCUUGCGUCCUGGAGUUGGUUGACGACACGGAGCACGAAGACGAGGAGGAGCUGCGCCUCGUGCUCGGAAGCCCAAAAAGCGAUUCUCCCUUCGGCGCGUCCAUCGGACGGCGCAACGAAACACUCAUCAGAAUCAAAGACGAUGCCGACAAGCCCGUCAUCAAAUUUGGCGAGACCAAGUUCAGUGUGAACGAACCCAAGGAACGAGGCCAAGUGUCGGCGGUGAGAAUUCCCGUGCUGCGCGUGGGCGACUCCUCCAAGGCGUCCGUCGUCCGAGUCCACACCAAAGACGGAUCCGCCACCUCGGGGGAGGACUACCAUCCCGUUUCAGAGGAGCUCGCGUUCCGAGAAGGGGACACGCUGCGCUACGUGGAGGUGGAGGUUUUAUACGACGGCGUCAGAGAGAUGAGGGAGGCCUUCACCGUGCACCUGAAACCAGAUGAGAACAUGGUGGCGGAGACGCAGCUGACCAAAGCCAUCAUCUACAUCGAGGAGAGCAACAGCAUGGCAGAUGUUACCUUCCCCUCGGUGCCCAGGGUGCUCUCUUUGCUUCACUACGACGACUUCGACAAGCACGGAGAUUUUCUCCCUGCGGCCGGCUACCCCGUCGUUUGCGUCACCGCGUGUAACCUCAAAUACCCGGACUACGACAAAACGGGCUCCAUCUGCGCGAGCGAGAACAUCAACAACACUCUGACGCGCUACCGCUGGCUCGUCAGCGCCCCCAAGGGCCCGGACGGCGUCACCGGCCCGAUGCGCGAGGUGGACUUCGACACCUUCUUCACCUCGUCCAAGCUCAUCACGCUGGACGCCAUCUACUUCCAAGCGGGCUCCAGGGUGCAAUGCGCCGCCAGGGCCGUCAACUCGGACGGCGACGAGGGGCUGGAGCUCAGCAGCCCCGUGGUGACCAUCAGCACGGACGAGGGCAUGUGCCAGCCUCGCGUAGUGGGCACGGUGGGAGCCGAGCCCUUCUCUGCCAAGCUGCGCUACACUGGAGCCGAGGACCCCGACCAUCCCAACCUCAUCAAAUUGACUGUCAACAUGCCUCACAUUGAUGGUAUGCUACCCGUGGUGUCCACCCGCGCCUUGUCCAACUUCGAGCUCACCCUCAGCCCGGACGGCACCCGCGUGGGCAACCACCGCUGCUCCAACCUGCUGGACUACUCGGAAGUCCAGACGCGCCACGGCUUCCUCAGCAACGCCACCAAGAACCCGCAGGUGAUCGGCGAGACGGCGCCCUACCAGUACAGCGCCGCCCUGAGGGGCGCCAGCACGCUGCGCUUCUACCGCAACCUCAACCUGGAAGCGUGCUUAUGGGAGUUCACCACCUACUACGACAUGUCCGAGCUGCUCAGCGACUGCGGCGGAACCAUCGGCACUGAUGGGCAGGUAUUGAACCUGGUCCAGUCCUACGUGACGCUGCGGGUGCCGCUCCACGUGUCCUACGUGUUCCACUCGCCCGUGGGGUCCGGCGGCUGGCAGCAUUUUGACCUCCAGUCCGAGCUGAGGCUGACUUUUGUGUACGACACCGCCAUCUUGUGGAGGGACGGCAUCGGCAGUCCGCCGGAGGCCGAGCUCCAAGGCUCGCUCUACCCGACCAGCAUGCGUAUUAACGAGCAGGGACGCCUGGUGGUCAACUUCCGCACCGAAGCUCGCUUCCGAGGCCUGUUUGUCUCUCGGCAUCCUGCCUCCGCCCUCACCUCCGUGGUCAUGUGCGCCGACCACCCCGGCCUGACCUUCAACCUCAGCCUGGUGCGUAGCGAGCCCACCUACAACCAGCCCAUCCAGCAGUGGACCUUCGUCUCCGACUUUGCCGUACGUGAUUACUCGGGCACGUACACGGUGAAGCUGCUGCCGUGCACGUCGCCACCAGGCCUGGAGUUCGCCUUCCCGCCCUCGUGCAACCCCAGAGAGCCCGUCAGCUUUGACCUGGACAUCCGAUUUCAGCAGGUGAGCGAUCCCGUGGCUGCGGAGUUCAGUCUGAACACAGAAAUGAUGCUGCUCUCCAAAAAGACCCUGUGGCUCUCGGACGGCUCCAUGGGCUUUGGCCAGACCAGCGACACGGCUUUCGCGCAAGGCGACACCAUCUACGGACGCGUCAUGGUGGACCCCGUGCAGAAUCUGGGCGACUCCUUCAUCUGCAACAUUGAGAAAGUGUUCCUGUGCACGGGCGCGGACGGCUACGUGCCGAAGUACAACCCAAAUGGCUUUGAGUUUGGCUGCCUGGCUGACGCGCCGUCGCUACUCUACAGAUUCAAAAUUAUUGACAAAGCCCAGCCCGAGACCCAGGCCGGCUCUUUUGGAAACGUGGCCUUCAGCGCCCGCCUGGCCGUGGACGACCCGGCCGCGCUACCUCUGGUCAGGCAGCCUGGAUCAGAUGGAUUCAGCAUGGAUUCCGCUGCCCUCUUCCAGGUGUCCGCCGGUCGAGAGUGGUUCAUCCACACCAUCUACACAGUGCGCUCCCGGGACAACGCCAACCGUGGCAUCGGCAAGCGGAGCCUGGAGUACCACGCGCUCAGCCGGCACCGCCGGGCCGCCGACGUCGAGGAGAUCGGCGCCGACAACAACCGCGGCACCAACAUCCUCCACAUCGCGCUGAACCGCAGAGCGCGCGACGCCGGCGCCGCCGACCUCGCCAGAGAGGUCCUCGUCCCCGACGGGGUGGUCCCGCGCGAGCUGGGCGACGCCGAGGACGGCGCCGACGAAGACGGGCCAGUGCUGAUGGUGGGCGUGGCGGUCGGGAUGCUGCUGGCCGUCCUGGUGGUGGUGCUGCUGGUGGCGCUGGUGCGGCACAAGCGUGAUGCCAAGGAUGCGCCCGCCCCGUUGGCAAGCGGCCAGCCAAUGGUGACGCAAGCACUCGGUGACAGCUCUGAAGUCUGAAUGAGCGCCUCGUGGUAGAAGAUCCGGUUCCAACAAGGACUAGUAAGCGCAUAUUGUAAAGGAAACAAAACAAUGGAGUGUGUGUGCGCGUGCGUGUGUGUGUGUGUGUGUGUGUGUGUGUGUGUGUG